AUGUAUCUUCGGAGAGCCAGACGUCUCGCCAGCGGCCUUUCCUCAAUUCCUAGUGGCGAUCGAGCCAGAAUUGUUCACACCGUCCGCACGAGCGAAGAAUUGAGCAAUCAAUCCAUCCACUACCAACCCAGCACCAUUCCUGAAAUCAACAACGAGACCUCAUUUACAGUGGUCACCGGGAUCUGCUUGGCCGUCAAUUUCGGGCAAUUCAUCUAUCUAAAACAGGAUUUCCCGACAGCAGACGACUACGGCGAGCAAGCGGUAACCGCUCUCGCCACUUUUUUAUUCCCAAUGGGCAUCACGUACCUGCUGAUGGUCCCGAUUUUUCGGCACAAAUUGCGGAAUGAUAGAGGGCUCCUCUUCCGCCUCUACCGCCGGUUGACCGGCCCGACGAUGCGUGACGUAGCCGUGGUUCCUCCAAAAGUUGAGCUGACUACGGCCCUGGCCCACAUCAGCGAAUCGUCCAGCAAAAAUGCGCUCGGCAACCACCAGUUGAAACAGCGACUACAGCGAGCCGUUCGGGAAAACCCGGAAACGAUGGCUUACAUAAAAGCAAUCUAUCAUUUCGACUAUGAAAUCUAUUGCAACCUCAAAAAAGAAGCGCAUGAAUACUUCCUGAUUCGCCAUACAACGGAUAAGCAAGCGCUUGCCAAACAGUUCCUGCAACUUUUCGAAACGGCCAACAUUCCGAAGCACUACGCUGAGAAGUCUUUCACUUCCAAGCGGCUUUGCGAGUUGGCGGCCAUGCUCCGCUUUUUACUCUGUACUUUUCUAUUUUUUGGCGGAACUUAUGGUUCUUUAGCGACAUUUAAACGACUACACAAGCAUGCUUUCAACCCGUUCGAAGACACUCUCGAAACUGCUGACGAUCCGGCCAUUAUUUACUCAAACAUCACCCAACCAGUCGACCAUUUUGACGACAAAUUAACCGAUACUUGGCAGCAGCAAUACCAAUACAACCCAAAAUUUUACACCAAAGAUCGGCCGCUGGUUUUUCUGAUGUUAGGAGGCGAGGGGCCGAUCGGCGGCGGUGGCGAUAAGUGGAUAAAAAAUGAAAAUGUUUCCAUGAUGCGCUGGGCGAAGGAAUUUGGAGCGGCAGCGAUGCAAGUGGAGCACAGAUUCUACGGCAACAGCAGGCCCUAUCCACAGCAAACCACCGCGAAUCUCAAGUUUUUGACCGUCAAGCAAGUGCUCGCCGACAUCAAGGAGUUCAUCACGCAAAUGAAUAAGAUGUAUUUUAACGAUGUCACGCCGAGAUGGAUCACUUUUGGAGGAUCUUAUCCGGGCUCCCUCUCCGCCUGGUUCCGCGAAACCUACCCCGAAAUGACGAUCGGGGCCGUCUCCACCUCGAGCGCUGUCAACACCAGGGUCGACUAUUACGGUUAUGCCGUCAACACCGAAAAGAACUACCGUAAGAACAGUGACGCGUGCGGUGAUGCCAUCGGGGCAGCAUUCAAUCAGAUCAUUAAUGCCUUGUAUACCGAUGAUGCUGCCCGGAAGAGCUUGCAGCAGGACUUACCGACGUCCAUAAAUUUCACGAUUGGCGACAAGGUUCCGAUCGCUCGCCAAGUGCAAUACUUCUUCUCGAAUCUUUAUGGGAUCUAUCAGGGCAUUAACCAGUACUCCGGGGAUAACAGGAACGCCAACUCGGAUGCUGGCGAAGGAAUCCCAAAGGCCUGCGAUUUCAUGACAGACAAAAACGGAAACGCCUACAGAAACCUUUUGAAUUUGGUUAAAUGGGACAAUGGACUCAACGGUGCCCCAAAUGUCGACAACGACUACGCGAGCUUUGUGGCAAACAUGCAGAAAACGGACUACUCAGAUGAGGGAUGGGCUUCUUACCGCACUUGGGUCUGGCAGACGUGUACGUUUUUGGGCUACUUCCAGACGACAGACGGCGGGAAUUCUGGCAUUUUUGGGAGUAUUAUUCCAUUGGACUUCUACGUUGACCAGUGCAUCGAUAUUUUCGGCAAAGACUACAUCGCAGAUACCGUCUACGCUGGUGUAGAACAGAAUCAGAAGGACUAUGGUGGUGAUAAGAAUUAUAGGGGCACGAAGGUUGUCUUCCCGAACGGCUCGAUCGACCCCUGGUGGAGUCUGGGAAAGUUGACGCCCAACAAUGCCAGUGAAGUGGAUGCUUUUACUAUGGAAGGCACCGCCCACUGCGCCGACAUGUACCCCUGGCGCGACAAUGAACUUCAGAGCCUAAAGGAUGGACCCGCAUCAAUUGCACCAACGACUUCGUCAGCCAACUACAUCAGCCCUAUUCUGCUGGCCGUCAUCAGCAUUGUUGUUGCUAAAUAUACCAAAACUUCUGAAGAAACAGCGAAGACUUUUGCUAGUCUGUUUUUCGACGAAUUUUUCCGGGCUCGUUUUGACGAGACGAAAAACGAAGAUGAAGCCUAUAACCUAUUACUAGAUCAAUAUCACUUGGAGAAUUCGAAGAGUAACGAUUUUAUUGAAAAGCAUGCUAAGCAGCCCUGGUAUCCAGGCCGGGGAGUCUGGGAGGAUUUGAAGUUGAAGCUCCACUUUUACGGAUCUGAUUACUCUGACGGUUUUGCUGAUCGAAAAACGCCGUUAAGUAUUUACAUACUAGUAAUUUUCAACAUUGCUACCACUAACCACUGGGAUUUCUGGCAUCUCUACGCUUGUGUCGGCAUCUGGUGUCAGAUAUUUUUGUUUCUGUAUGCUGUUUUCGAGGCUUCCGUUAUUAUGAAGCAUUCGAAAAGGUCAACGGAAGAAUUGUUUUCUCUAUUUAUCUCGACAACCUUUGUCUAUAAAGCAGUAAGCGCUAUGGUACGAGUCUACAACGAUCACGCUUGCUUGGUGAAUGCUGGGCAUGCGCACUGGAUCGAAUUCUGGAGGCUACCACCGGCAGGACAUUUAGUCGCGUUUGGCCUCGGAUUCCCGCUCUCAAUCCUUUUCUUCAUGGACCAGCUCCUCGUGACAAAUACCGUUGAUAACAAGCAAAAUAACUUGAAAAAGGGCUCUUCACAUAAUUGGGAUUUCGUGGUUGUUGCUGCCUUGAAUACAGUAUUAUCUGUUUUUGGGCUGCCGUGGAUGCAUGGAGGCCUCCCACAAUCAUUCCUCCACCUGAAAGCUCUAGCGGAUGUAAGGAAAGAUGGCACCGGGCGUGAAAUCAUGCAUAAGGUCCGCGAGACACGAGUAGCUGUUUUGGCAGCUCACCUAUUAAUGGUUCCGUUCUAUUACCUACUACCUCACGUCUCCAAACUCAUGCCGAUUUCACUAUUUUAUGGCCUUUUCCUCUUCAUGGCAAUUAGCAGCCUGACUGGACAUGAGUUUUUCGAGCGGAUACAGCUAUUUUUCACGCAACAGUCUCUCUACCCAAAACGAGAGUAUAUCACUAAAGUUGACCAGCGGACAAUAAACAAAUUUACGCUCUGCCAAUUGGUCCAACUUGCGAUAUUGCUGGCUGUUGGAAUGACCCCAAUCGCCUACGUCCGAAUGACGUUCCCGCUGGUCAUAUUUAUGUUCAUACCUAUCCGGAACCUGGUGCUCCCCAAGAUCUUCUCCAGACGCGACCUCGAGCUGGUCGACGGCGUCCAU